GGAGUCCAGCUCCAGUUUGGGGAAAUCCAGCUCGCGUUUUGCCUCUCGCUCAGCAGAGCAGGGUCCAGGGAAGGCAGAGCCCCAGCUUCACUCCCUGAGGUCUGUCCUGGGGAGACAGUGCUGCUCCGGGGGGCUGACCUGGCGGGGAGUGGCAGCGCAGCCCGCUCCCGCGCCGCUUUGUGCGCGCAGCCGCUGGGCCCUCUGCUCCCGGGUCUGCCCCCCCGGACGCCCCCCUGCCCCGCCCCAGUCAUGCAACUCUACCUGCCUCUGCGCUGUGGACCUUUGGGAAGCAGUCGCCCACCCCGGGGGCUCGGGCCCUGACCCUGCCAGGCAGCCGACCAAAACCUCGUGCAACUGAGCACAGCCAUGGUGCAUGCAGAUUCUCCUCUGAAGUGAGACUUUCCAAAGGACCAAUGACUCUGUCCCUCGUGCCCUUUCAGAUUUUCCUACUUCGUAGCUAUGUCUCGAUCUCGCCAUGCAAGACAUUCCAAAUUAGUCAGGAGGGAAGAUCUAAACAAGAAGAAAAACAACCAGCUGAAGAAGGGAUCUAAGCCAGCCAACAAAAAUGUGGCGACUGUCAAGACUGUGAGCCCUGGAAAAUUGAAGCAAUUCGUGCAAGAAAGAGAUGUUAAGAAAAAAACAGAACCCAAACUGACUGUGCCAGUCAGAAGCCUUCUGACAAGAGCUGGAGCAGCACGAAUGAAUUUGGAUAGGACCGAGGUUCUUUUUCAGAACCCAGAGUCCUUAACUUGCAAUGGAUUUACAAUGGCUCUGCGAAGUACCUCUCUUAGCAGACGACUCUCCCAACCCCCAGUGGUCAUAGCCAGACCCAAGAAAGUUCCACCACCUAAGAAUCUAGGAAAGCAACAUGAGUGUGAUUAUAAGGUACUUACAGACAUGGGAGUAAAGCACUCAGAAAAUGAUUCAGUCCCAAUGCAAGACCCCCCAGUCCCCCCUGAUAUAGAGAAGCUAAUUGGCAUAAAAAAUGCAUCUUUCAUUAAAGACAAGAGCCAAGAGACAACCCAGUCUUGGUCCCAAGGUGUCGAGGAUUCCAAAAUAAUUUGCUCUACUCCUAGUGACCCUGCAGCAGAGAUUCUUUCUGGGUCACUGGAAGGGACGUAUGGUGGAGAAGGACUAUUCUCUAGAGAGACAUUGAAUAAUAUCAGUGAUUCCCCUAGAAUGUUUGCUCAGGACACUGUCUGUGUUCCUUUGCUCCAAAGAGCAGCCCUCAAGGUUACCUCUGAAGGAAACCCCAGCAUUCAGUUAGAAGAUUUGGGUUCACGAGUAGAAUCUCUUAAGCUGUCUGAUUCUUACCUGGAUCCCAUCAAAAGUGAACAUGGUUGCUGCCCCACCUCCAGCUUUAAUAAGGUUGUACCUGCAUUGGACCUUAGAAACUGUUUGUCUAUUGGUGGGUCAAUAUAUCCUACCUCAUUAAUAAAACUCUUCUUGGCAGGUUCAGAACAAGAAACCCUUGGUGCUAAACCAGAUCAUCAAGAGGUACUCAAAGCUACCCCAGAUCAACAGGAAGUUCCUGAUACCACCCCUGUCUUAGGACAGGCCGUUAGUGCUGUCCCACAUCAAUGGGAAGUUCCUGGUGCUAACCCAGUUCAUGGAGAGCCUUUGGGUGAGACUCUAGACCCACCAGAGAUUCCUGGUGCUAUUCCAGUCCAAGGAGAGAUCUUUGGUGCUAUCUUAAAUCAACAAGUCCUUGGUAUGGGUAGUGGUACUGCCUCAGACCCACCUAUCUUUCUUCCUGCCCCUCAUAACCCAGUUGCUACCUGUAAUGCUCUCCCAGCAUGGCCCGAGCCCCAGGGCACCGUUUCAUCUGGGCUUGAGGUCCCAGACACUAUGCAGAUUUUGCCUUCGGGCUCAGGUCACACUCCUCAACCGUCAUCAAACUCAGAGAUAAUUUUGGUACCUCCUGUAAUACCUAUGAACAAUAUAGAAAACGAGAAGAAGGUUCAUAUAAGCUUUCUGCCAGCUCACACUCAGGGGUUCACAUUAGCCCCUGAGAGAGGACUCCAGCCGGCUCCACAGGGCAUUGCCCAGCUCUCCCUGGUGAGUCCCAGCACAUUGGAAGGAGGGAGCUCCCAGGUCAGCGCCACCAGCAUGGUUGACAUCAACACCACAGUGGUGUCUAGGCCAGUGCCACUCGCUAGUACCUCUUCUCCUUCCUACACAACUCUGCUACCUACCUUGGAAAAGAAGAAACGAAAGCGAUGUGGGGUCUGUGAGCCCUGCCAGCAGAAGACCAAUUGUGGUGAAUGUACUUACUGUAAGAAUAGAAAGAACAGCCAUCAGAUCUGUAAGAAGAGGAAAUGUGAGGAACUGAAAAAGAAGCCAUCCGUCAUUGUGUCUUUGGAGGUUGUAAAGGAAAACAAGAGGCCCCAGAGGGAAAAGAAGCCCAAAGUUUUAAAGGCAGAUUUUGACAACAAACUGGUAAAUGGCCCCAAGUCAGAAUCCAUGGAAUACAGUAGUUGUGCUCAUGAGGAAGAACAGAGAUUGGAAUUGAAUUCAUGUCCCUUAGAAAAUGUAACUAAAAAUGAAGAAAGUAUGACAGGUAUUGAAGUGGAGAAUUGGACACAAAACAAGAAAUCACACUUAACUGAUCAUGUCAAAGGAGAAUUUAGUACAAUUAAAACCGAAGUUGAAAAUUUCAAAAACUCUGAAGAUGACAGGAAAAAAAUUCUACUUACUGACCUCCUUGAACCUCAAAAAUUGUUUGCACAAACUGUAAGAAAUGGCAUUAAAAAUGUACACUAUUUACCAACUGAAACAAAUUUGUCUUUUAAAAAAAUCAACAUUGAAGAACUUGGCAAGGCAUUUGAAAGCAAUCCUUAUAAAUUCCUGAAAGACACCGCAAACCAUAACAAUGUCAUGAGCACCAUUGCUACUAGUGGGAGCUGUGAUCAUCUCAAGGGGAAGAGUAAUGUUUUGGUUAUUCAGAAGCCUGGCUUUAAUUGUAAGUCUUUCCCAGAUCCUGUGAACUGCAACUCAAAUAGUCAUACGAGUAUACACAAUGAAAGUGAUCAACCAAAAUCCCUAGAAAUUAUAGCAAAUAGAGAGCUAAAAGAAGGAUCAACACUUCAACCAAGUCUCCUCUCCCUAAUGAAAGAUAGGAGAUUAACACUAGAACAAGUAGUGGCAAUAGAAGCUCUCACACAACUGUCAGAAGCCCCAUCAGAAAAUUCCUCUCCAUCCAAGUCAGAAAAGGAUGAAGAAACAGAACAGAGAACAGCUAGCUUGCUUAACAGCUGUAAAGCUAUUCUGUAUUCUGUGAGAAAAGACCUCCAAGACCCAAACUUAAAAGGGGAGCCUCAGAGCCUUCAUCACUGUCCGUCUUUGGAAAAGCAAAGCUCAUGCAACGCUGUAGUGUUCAAUGGCCAAAAUAUCAUUUCUAAGUCACACAACAGCUCACCUAGUGACCAAGCAUCCACAAAGGCACAGGAAAGUUCAGCGGUCACAAAUUCAAUAUCACUUGUUAUACCAAAUUCAAAUUCAUCUAAAACUGAUACCAAUAAAAAUAUUGCUCAAGGUAGGAUUACUCUCGACAGUUCUAGGAGUUUGCAGCAGUUGACCACAAUAACUAGCAAAUCAGAGUAUUGUAACCAGUCACUAGACAACAGCAUCAAGUUGGAUUCAAAGGAUGAUUCAUCAUGUCAAGAUUCAGUUCAUAGUAAAAUAGAAGAAGAUGUUGCUGCACAGUUAACACAACUUGCAUCAAUGAUUAAAUUCAAUUAUGUGAAACCAGAGGACAAAAAAGUCGAAAGUACACCAAUAAGCCUUGUUGCAUAUAAUGUACAGCAAAAGUAUAACCAGGAGAUGGGCACACCACCACAGAAACCUCCUUCCAAUGUACAAAAUAAUCAAGGCUCAUCAGUAACAAAGCAAAAGAACACAAUCCAGAAAAAGACAAAAUCUACUCCAUCAAGAGAUAGACGGAAAAAAAAGCACAUGGUCAUAAGUUGUCAAGAAAAUGAUCAGAAAAAGCAGGAACAGUUGUCAUAUGAGUAUAGUAAAUUACAUGACAUUUGGAUAGCAUCUAAAUUUCAAAGAUUUGGUCAAUUUGGUCCACAUGAUUUUCCCAUUCUAUUGGGAAAAAUUCCUCCCCUAACUAAAGUAUGGAAACCACUGACUCAAACAAGUUCAGCAUUAGAACACAAAAAGUUAUUUCCUCCACUCGCUCAGAUAAAAUUUGAGAGAUAUUAUCCUGAAUUAGCACAGGAAAAGAUGAAGGUUGAACCUUUGGAUUCUAUCCCCAUAAUCCAGUUAAAAACAGAAUCCAAUGGGCAGGCAUUUACUGAAAAUGCAUAUACUCAGGUACAGCCAACAGUGAAUGUUAAUCAGAAAGCUCAUCCUUUACUCCAGCCAGCCUCUCCAACCAACCAGUGUGCUAAUGUCCUGGAUGGCAGUGACCAAAGACAGUUCCAAGAGGAUGUUAAAGACCAACUCAUGCAUCAGAGACUGCCAACAUCUCCUGGUAUCUCUCAUGAGACCCCUUUACCAGACCCAGCACAAAUUCUCAGGAACCUAAAUGUAGUAUGUUCAGGUGGAAUUACAGUGGUUUCUACCAAAAAUGAAGAGGACGUCUGCUCAUCUAGUGUUGGAACAUCUGAAUUUCCCCCAAUAAACAGUGCACAGAAAACUUUUAAUGAUUAUGCGAUGAACUUCUUUACCAAUCCUACAAAAACCCUUGUGUCCACAACAAAAGAUUCUGAAUUGCCUACUUGCAACUGCCUUGAUCGAGUUAUACAAAAAGACAAAGGCCCAUAUUAUACACACCUUGGGGCAGGACCAAGUGUUGCUGCUGUCAGGGAAAUCAUGGAGAAUAGGUAUGGUCAAAAAGGAAAUGCAAUAAGGAUAGAAAUAGUAGUGUACACGGGGAAAGAAGGAAAAAGCUCUAAUGGGUGUCCAGUUGCUAAGUGGGUUUUAAGAAGAAGCAGCGACGAAGAGAAAGUUCUUUGUCUGGUUCGACAGCGCACAGGCCACCACUGUCCAACAGCUGUGAUGGUGGUGCUCAUCAUGGUAUGGGACGGCAUUCCUCUCCCGAUGGCUGACAAACUGUAUUCACAGCUUACCGAGAGUCUCAAGUCAUACAAUGGUCAUCCCACAGACCGAAGAUGCACGCUCAAUGAAAAUCGUACCUGUACAUGUCAAGGAAUUGAUCCAGAGACUUGUGGAGCUUCCUUCUCUUUUGGCUGUUCAUGGAGUAUGUAUUUCAAUGGCUGCAAAUUUGGUAGAAGCCCAAGUCCUAGAAGAUUUAGAAUUGAUCCAAGUUCUCCCUUACACCACUACUAUGAAAGAAUUACUAAAGGACGUAAUCCAGAAAGAAGAUAUAUGAAACCGGAACCAAUCUGUCCGGAACACGAGGCCAUGGAAAAAAACCUUGAAGAUAAUUUACAGAGUUUGGCUACAGAAUUAGCUCCAAUUUAUAAGCAGUAUGCUCCAGCUGCUUAUCAAAACCAGGUGGCGCUUGAACAUAUUGCCCGAGAAUGUCGGCUUGGGAAGAAAGAAGGUCGUCCUUUCUCUGGGGUCACUGCUUGCCUAGACUUCUGUGCCCAUCCCCACAGGGACAUUCACAACAUGAAUAAUGGGAGCACAGUGGUCUGCACUUUAACACGAGAAGAUAACCGCUCAUUUGGUGUUAUUCCUCAAGAUGAGCAGCUGCAUGUGCUUCCUCUUUAUAAACUUUCAGACACAGAUGAGUUUGGAUCAAGGGAAGGAAUGGAAGCCAAGAUCAAAUCUGGGGCCAUCAUGGUCCUUGCACCCCGCCAGAAAAAAAGAAUGCGAUUUACUCAACCCAUUCCUCGUUCUGGGAAGAAGAGAGCAGCAAUGAUGACAGAGGUUCUGGCACAUAAGAUAAGGGCUGUGGAAAAGAAAUUUAUUCCUCGAAUCAAGCGGAAGAAUAAUUCAAUGACAAACAAUAGUAAGGCUUCAUCACUGCCCCUUUUAGGAAAUAAAACAGAGACUGUGCAACCUGAAAUAAAAAGUGAAACUGAACCCCAUCUUAUCUUCAAAGGUUCGGACAACACUAAAAGCUACUCACCAGCCCCGUUCAUUCCUCACCCAGUGAAAGAGGAAAACUUAGCUCCAGCCUUCUCCUGGUCCUCUAAGACUGCUUUGGUCACAACAGCUCCUUUUAAGAAUGAUGCUUCACUUUCGUACGGGUUUUCAGAAAGAGGUAGCAAUCCCCACUGCAUAAUGCCUUCUGCAAGACACAGUGGUGCUAAUGUAGCUGCUGGGGAAUGCGCUGAAAUUGCACAGCCUGGUGAAAUGGUUCCUCUUCCCACCUUGUCUACUCCUAUGACAAAUUCCCUGGGUUAUUCUGAGCCUCCCGUUGGCCCAUCGGAGCAGCUAACUUCCAAUCAGCCAAACCAGCAGCCUCCAUUCAUCACUUCUCCUCAUGAGCUUGCUUCCUCUCUGGUGGAAGAAGAUGAGCAGCCUUCUGAAGCAGAUGAGCCUCCAUCAGACGACCCCCUGUCAGACGACCCCUUGUCACCUGCUGAGGAGAAACUGCCCCACAUUGUUGAGUAUUGGUCAGACAGUGAGCACAUCUUCCUGGAUGCCAAUGUCGGUGGCGUGGCUAUAGCGCCUUCCCACGGCUCGGUUCUGAUUGAGUGCGCCCGGCGAGAGCUUCACGCCACGACUCCUGUUGAUCACCCCAACCGAAAUCACCCUACGCGCCUCUCUCUUGUCUUCUACCAGCACAAAAACCUGAAUAAGCCCCAACACGGUUUCGAACUAAACAAGAUUAAGUUUGAGGCGAAAGAAGCUAAGAAUAAGAAAACUAAAGCCUCCGAGCAGAAAGACCAGGCAGCUAACGAGGGUAUUGAACUGUCCACAGAAGUUAAUGAAUUUAGCCAGAUUCCUUCUCACAAAGCGUUAACAUUAACCCAUGACAAUGUUGUCACUGUGUCCCCUUAUGCUCUCACACAUGUUGCGGGGCCCUAUAAUCAUUGGGUCUGAAGGCUUUUCUCCCCUUCUUAAUGCCUUUGCGAGUGCGGUGUAUUUUUUCAAGGUGCUCUUAAAAGAAAGUCAUGUUGUCGUUUACUAUAGCUUCAUCUCACCCAUUUGAAGGCUGAGGUUAAAAAAAAAAUUGGGGGUGGGUAUUUCUUAACUGUGACUAUAUUUUGACAAUUGGUAGAAGGUGCACAUUUUAAGCAAAAAUUAAAGUUUUAUAGUUUUAAAUACAUAAAGAAAUGUUUUGGUUAGGUGUUAACCUUGAUAGAAUCACUCAGUUUGGUGCUUUAAAUUGUUUACUAUGAAACGAGUCAUUUUUAGAGGAUUUUAACAGGUUCAUGUGCUAUGAUGUAAAAUUAAGACACACAGUGUUAACUCUACACAGCUCCUGGUGCUUAACCACAUCGACACAAAAAUAAGCUGAUUUAUUAUUUCAUGGUGCCAUUGUUCCAACAUCUUCCAAUCAUUGCUAGGAAAUCGGCAUAUUCCUUUGAAAUAAACCAAUGAAGUGUUUUCUCUUAAAAUAUUUCUCCUGUAUAAAAUAAUUCGUUAUUGUUAGUAAUGGUUGGAGGCUGUUCAUAAAUUGUAAAUAUAUAUUUUAAAAGCACUUUCUAUUUUUAAAAGUAACUUGAAAUAGUAUAGUAUAAGAAUCCUAUUGUCUAUUGUUUGUGCAUACUUGCAUACAAGAGAAAUCAUUUAUUCUUGCUGUGUAGAGUUCCAUCUUGUUAACUGCAAUGUGUAUCCUAAUCAUGUAUAUGGUUUGUGUUUUUUAAAUGUGUCCUUUCUCAUUCAAAGGUUAGCUACUUAUAUAAAAUAGUUAGAUCAUGCAAAAAUUGUUAAUUCUCUGUAAAAUUGGAAUUAAGAAGCAUAUUACCAAUAUUGAUUAACUUUUCUUUGGAACUAAAUAAGAGUGGUCUCUUCUGAUUGAGCAACACUGGCCCUGAUUUACUUUUACCCCAGCUUUUGUAAUAUAAUCCAUAAAAGAUGUUUUCAAAAGGAGAUGAGACAUAAGAUGAUUCUGAAGAGUCAAAUGCUUCUAAAGUUUCAUGGUGAUAAAAUUAAGUGGCAAGAACCUUAUCUACCCCUUAUUCAUUCUGAAAGUCAUUCUGGUUCAGAAGACAAAUAAAAUUCCUGUAGAAAUUUUUUUGAUAGUAAAUUUCCUAUCAUCAUCAUCACACACCACCCCCCUCACACACACACACACACACACACACACACACACACACACACACUCACUCUAAAUAAACAGUAGGGCUGGUAUCCUAAACACAAUUUGUCCGUUAACAGCUAAUCCAAAGUAGUUUAUCUAAGUAUAUUGUUUUGGGGAAGUGUUAACUCUUCUUUUUCUAGGUAACAGGAAAAUAGGCAUUCCAGUUAUUUUAGCUCUCCCAUUAUUUUCCCCAUUGCUUUAUUGACUCAAUUUAUAGCAAAGCAGAAGUGAUUUCCCAAUGAAAAUGUUUAGAACAAGAAGAAAUUUCAAUGAAAUACUUGAUUCUGUUAAAAUGCAGAGGUGCUAUAACAUUCAAAGUGUCAGAUUCCUUGGGAGUAUGGAAAACCUUCUGGUGCUUCUCCCUUGGAAAUGCCAUAGGAAGCUCACAACCGCUAACACUCACAUUUCUGGUGCAAAAGCAAACAGUUCCAACAAGCUAUCUAAAGGAAAACUCAUUGUAACUUAUAUUAAAAUAAUAUAUGGUGCAAAGUAUCAGUUUCAAGCUUUUGACUAAUUUUGACUAAAGGAAUAUGAAGGGAUUGUAAAUAACAAAAUGUCCAUUGAUAGACCAUCAUCUUGUCAAGUAGAUUUCUGCUUCUUGAAUAUGUAAAAUAGAGUAAAUCAUUGACUUGUUUUAGUAUUUUGUGUGCCUUAGAUUUCUGUUUUAAAACAUGUAUAUUUUUGUGAGCCUAAGGUUUCUUAUACAUAUAAGUAUAUAAAUAAGUGAUUGUUUAUUGUUUCCGCUGCUUCAAUAAGAUAUUACUAUUAUUAGACUAUCAGGAAUACACCCUUGUGAUAUUUUGUUUUAGACUUUAGGCCUUAGCUCCCACCAGAAAUUAUUUCCUCAACAGAUUUAAUGGAUAAAGUUGUAAGAACCUUUAUCCAUCCAUCCAUCCAUUCUCUAUUCAGUUAUCAUUGAAUGUCUAUCAAAUUUAAGUAUUAGCUUUUGUUUUUCUUUAAGUUACCACCCUGACAUAGUAAACUUGAAGAAUUAAAAUCCCAAAAGGUAGUUUUUUUUUUCAAAAACAGCAAAUUUCCUUCAAAGCAAUCCAUUGUAAUACAUCUGCAGCUAUUCAAAUCAGUUUGUCAACUAAGUUUGAAUAAAUUCCUUAACAAUCUAAACUUGAAACACCAUUGUUGACUUAGGGGAACAUUCAGAUCUGUGAAGUUAGUUGCAAUUUACCAAAACGAAUACAUGAAAAUACCCUAUCUCAACUAAUAUAUUUCCAUUCUCUUAUUGUAAGUAGCACCAUGAAUGGCUUGCCUCAACUGAUAACCCCUUGGUGGGAACCACAUAUGAUUCCUACCUUGCUGAACUCAUUUCUCAAGUUUCACAGUGUACCAUCCCAUUGCGUGCCCUGUGAUUUUUUUUUUUUUUCCAAAGCUCAUGCUUAUUAUAUGUCCUGCAGCAUUGUGACUGUAUGCUGGCUAUACUGUUUUAGAAUGCGCUUUAUCAUGAAGCAAGGAAAUAAAUUUAUUUGAAAUGACAUUUUUCACUCAGAAAACUGGUCAUCUAACAUUAUUUCUACACUUCUGUUAUGUUUUACUGUAAAACCUUUUAUUUUACCUCUUUUAUAGCCUUAUGUUUAAUCUUCUGCCUUUGUUCAUGGUAUGAUAAUUGAAUUCGUUUAUACUUGGCCCUUAAGUUAGGCCAACCUGUUCAUCAUAGUUACAAAGUUACCAAUUAUAAUGAGAGAAUAACUCCUACUUGAUGUAGAAUCCUACAAAAUGUCAUGCUGCCCUUCAGUGUUUCUUUAAUGGCUCUCAGGCCAUUGAUGGAAACAGUCUUCUCUUGUGCCUGUCAGCCUCAUCUUCAUCUUUCCAGUUCAUCCACAAAGUACCAAAUACAUCAUAUCAUAAACCUGAUUGAAACAUAUUCUUAUUGAAAAUUGAGGCUAGCUGAAAAUGUAUAGCUAUAGGUAAAGUUUUGCAAAAUGUUUGCAUCUUAAAUUCCCUUCCACAUCCUUACUGUGCAAUCUGCAUGUGGAUGAAAUAAUUCCAUUUGUUAAAUAUAGAAUUUCAACUAGAUGAGAUUCAUAAGCAAUUUACUUAAGACAUAACCCCAAUACAUAGUUAAUUGAAUGCAUACCGCUGUGUAAAUGAGGUACCAAAUUCAUAUGAAGUAACCUACUUUCUAAUGUUACUACUUCAGUGGAUUCCUACUGAUUAUCAUUUAUUUCACGACAGCAUGUAUGGAAAUAACCCCAAUCUAUUUAAGUUUAGUAUUCUUAAAACAAAUUAUAUCUUUUAUCUUGGACGAACUUAUGACAUUGCAUGACAACUUCCACCAAUAAUGGGCACAGCAUUUCCUUUGAAUGUGCCCAGUAAAUCAGUAGCUGUAUGUGACCUUUAAUAUAUAGCUACCUUCUAUUUCACAACUUCCUGAUGCAUGGAAAUCCUUUUUGUCUAGAUUUAGUACAACUGGGAAUUUUGAUCUUCUGUAGAAAUUUAUGAUGAGAAUUGUGAAAUAGGGUAACAUAGUGGCCUCUCACAGCCCUGGAAGAUACCUUGGAAGUCAUACAGUCCAGUCACUGGGGCCCAGACAGAUGUCAGGGUUGGUAUUCAAUUACGUUUGGAAAUUUAAACAGUCAAAUGAAGGCCACUUUUUGGUUAGGAGGACUGUAGGAAAACUUGAUCUGCUCAUCCACAGGGGACUUUAUCACUGUAAAGUAAUCUUAUUUUUGGUACAAGUCAAAAUAAAAUGGCUUUGGGGUUCUGUUUCUGAGCAAUUCGGGGUAAGAAGUGAAAUUGAAUCAAGAUUUCCCUGCCUGUCGAGUUUUGUGGGCCUUUUGUGGGAAAUCUAGCUGACUUUUACCUAUGAAGCUGUCCUAUUAAUUCAUCUCACAAAAUGUGGCAAUUGUCCUAUUUGCUAUUUCAAUAAAUGCAAAUCAAGUACUGAUAGAGUACAGGUUUUUAUUUUCCCUGGAACAAGUGUUUGGCAUAUAAAAGGAGUUAUAAAAGACUGAAUGGUUGGAAUAAUUGGAGAAAGUAUAUUUCCAUUGUAUAUAUUCCCUAGCCAUAGUUGUACAGUCUAUUCACAUUCUUGCAUAGUUGGCCUCACAACAGAGUCCUAGACUAGUUACUUUGAUGGGACUGUCUAUGUGUGUUAGAAUACUGUUUUGUGCACAGCUCCUAAAUGUACUGAACUUGUGUAACUUCGAUGUCAGUGAUAUGGCACACUUAACCAAAAUAGAAUUCAGUGCCCUGAUUUCUGAAGAAGUCUGGAUUUAUUUAAACCAAAUUAGGCUCCAUGUUGAGCUUUCUUCUAAUGGUUUACAAAAGGAUGCCAGGAGCUGUCGCUCAGAACUGAGAGACUACCUCCUGGGCUUGAAUUCCCUUAGAAAUUUCGCUGAAUAAGACAUAAUUCUCAACUUGGCAAGAGGAAAAAAAAAAAAAAAAUGAUGCUGUCCAUGGCUCUGAAAUACAGUUUGGAAAGAAUCAGUAUGUUCUUUAUCAGAAGUGGAAUUUGUAUAUUUUCUUGGAAUAUAUUGAGAUUCAUUGGAAUCUUUGCUUUUCUCUAGUGUAUAAGAGUGUGAGUUCUUAUGUUAAUUUUGGAGAUGGUGGAGCUGUUUUUAAUGCAGUACAUCACUCUUCUUGUCCACAAUGAACUUGACAAACUAAUUCUCUGCAUUCUAGUAUCUGGACAACUUCCCUUCAAUGCCUGUUUCUUCUUAGUAUCGAAUUAAAUACCAUUGUUGACUUCAAAGGGCAUGUGUUUUGUUCCUUCAGGUAAUCCAGGUGUAUUUGGCACUGCUUAUUUUCCCUUCUGUGAGGGUCUCACCUUGUGUUUCUCUUUUGCUAGUAUGCACUGUUUAAUAUCUCUAGUUGUAAAAGUCUAUUAAUCAUUUCUCUGUUGGUGGUACUCCUUUCCCAUCCCUACUGUGAUGUUCAUGAUCUUCCUUGGGUCAUAAAUGUUCUUCUAGUUUGCUCAGCCAUAGAUGUCCCUUAAAUUAAUUCUUAGUCUAAGGUAAAUGUUAUAUAUAAGAGUAUUUAACCCCUUUAUGUUUGAGUGCAACUUUGGAAACCCUUGGUUAAGAGUAUAAACCUAGUUUUCCUAAAAAAAAAAAAAAAAAAGUCUUAAUAGCUAUUAUGAAAGCAUUCUCUCAAUCACCACAAACAAAAACAAAAACA